AAAUAUAAUCAAGAACAGCAACAAUUCAAAGGGGUUUGAUUUGAUACUGAAGAAGAAGAAGAACUGGCAAACCGGUGGUGGACUGGAAACAUGGCGUUGGGAGGGGUCGACCCGGCAUCGUCGGCGGCUCCAUCCCUUCACCUACGGAACCCUCACGACGACCAUGGCGGCAUGGGUCCACUUGGACCCACCAGAAGAGAGCAAGAAUUGAUGGACGCCACCACUGCUACCACCGCGAACAGCAAUGGCAGCGACUCUAACAACCCUGAAGACGACGAGAGCAGAGACAACGACCGAGACGCGGAAGAUCAAACCGGAAGCGGCCAUGAAAUUGUCAAAGCCGGCAGUGGGCGGAGGCCACGUGGUAGACCACCUGGGUCCAAGAACAAGCCCAGGCCACCCAUCAUCAUCACCAGGGAAAGCCCGAAUGCUCUUCGAAGUCACGUUCUCGAGAUCAGUAACGGCAACGACGUCGCCGACAGCCUCAACACAUUCGCACGCCGCCGCCAGCGUGGGGUUUGCGUCUUAAGCGGCAGUGGUAUCGUCACUAAUGUGACCCUCCGACAGCCGGCGUCUCCGGGGGCAGUCGUCACCCUCCACGGCCGUUUUGAGAUACUCUCCCUCUCUGGGGCCUUUCUCCCUGCGCCGUCACCGCCUGGUGCGACUGGGCUGACGGUGUAUCUAGCCGGUGGGCAAGGGCAGGUGGUGGGUGGGAGUGUUGUGGGUGCUCUGGUUGCGUCUGGCCCUGUCAUGGUGAUUGCGGCGACCUUUACAAAUGCUACUUACGAGCGGCUACCGCUGGAAGACGAGACUGGCGGUGCCGGAGAUGGGUUGCAGCUGCAGCAGACUUCGGGAGUGAAUCCAACGGGGACGGGUGGUGUAUCGAUGUCGCAGUCUCAGGGUCUGGCACUGGCAGACCCAUCGUCUAUGCCCAUCUACAAUCUUCCCCCAAAUCUUCUGCCCAACGGUCAGAUGCCGCAAGACGUCUAUUGGACCACUCCUCGUCCACCUCCCUCUUACUGAAAACCACUUCAUCAACAGCUGUAACACAUAACAUGAAACAUACUAACAGCCAGAGAGAGAGAGAGAGAGAGAGAG